GGGAGGGAACUGAAAUGUUUUUAUUGUUCGAUGCUGUUUGGCCGUCUGAAAAAAAAUAUGAUGCAAAUUCGGUGAUCUUCUUACGAAUUUUAAAGACCUUUUACCAUGAGGAAACAACGCCUCUAUCUUCUCAUUAUGAGUCAGAUGAGUGAAACUUAUUACCAACAUGGAAUUCUCUUUUUGACAUCCUUUAUAACAGUGUGAAUAUGGCAGAAUCUUCAGACAGUGGUACACAAGAUGAACCAAUCAUGUACAGUCAGAAGUCGUAUCCUGUGAAUUCAUUGGAUAAUGCCUCCUGGGAUGUAAACAGUGAAAUCCAAAACCAGGGUUAUUUUGAGUUUUCAUCAAAACAUAGGUUAAAACACAGCCUUGAUUUACCACCAGGGAGGGGUCAUUUAAUGAAUGGACUAAAAAAACAGAUUCCAGAUACUAUUCAGUCCAGCUGUGAUAAAAGUUACCAUAAAGUGGAUUCUAUUUCUGUGCCAAUUUAUAAUAAUGAUAGUGCUCACAGUUUGAUAAACAGAACAUCAGAAAGUUUGGAUCAAGAAACCAGUAGAAACCUUUCUAGAGGAAGAAACCGAAGGAAACCUAAGCAUAGUCUCUCCAAGACAGAGCUUUAUGAGGAAAAUGUGGAUGAUAAUUUUUCAAACAACACAAAACCUUCUUAUGAAAUGGGCGACCAAGGGCAAAGCAGCUUAUCAGACGAGAAUGACUCAAAUUUUCACAUCAGGAGAAGCAUGCAGAGGAUAAGGCCUGAAUACGUACAAGUUCCUGCUGAUCCUAGUUACAUAAAACCUGAAUUUGCACAAAGUUUUCCAGAUUCCAGUUCAAUAAGCAGGGUAUAUGACCAAGUUCCUCAACAAUCAAAUUUUACAGAACCUACUUGCGAACAAGUUCCACGUGAUGCAAGUUCUCUUCUCGGAAAUGAAAUUGAAGCUGAAAGUCAGAAAAAUCAGUUUGAAUGUAAGGAAUGCCGUAUUACAUUGUCAGAUUUUGACUUGUACACAGAUCAUUUGAUGUCCCACCACACUAGUCAUGAAGACAGUGGAAUAAAUGCACAAAACAUGGGGAUUUAUAACGAGGAUAUGCUGAACAGCAUAGCAGAAAUGAUAAAAGCAAGGACAGGGGGGAAUGAAGUGAAUCAGGGACAGUCAGACUCUUGUAGCAUGUCUGGUGUGUCUGAAGGAGGUCUGGAAAUAGAUCUAUCCCCAAACUUGGAAGAUAGACAGAUGGGAGAAGGAAUGAAGACAGAUGUCAACAAAGAAGGAGGAAUGGAAAUAAAGAAUUUUGAAGGAAAAGUGAAAGGCAAGAGAGGAAGAAAGAAAAAGACUGAACAGUCCUCACCAGAUACAAAUUCCAUCAAAUGUCCUGUGUGCUCAAAGGGGUUCAAAACUCGAAACAAUUUAAAAACACAUUUAUGCAAGUUUCAUAGUGAAAAGACAGAUGUUCUGCAGAGCUUUUUUGCUUCAGGAGAAAAACUGAGAGAAAAGUCGGUGUGUGAUUUGUGUGGAAAAUGUUUUAUUUCCAAGACUGCUUUACAAAGACAUGUUGAAUCACGCCAUCCUGCAGAAACAGUUGCAAAGUGUAAUGAAUGUCCAGAGGUGUUUGCGAACAACGAAACUCUCUAUGAGCACAUGAGUAAGCACCAUGGAAAUGGGAGUAUUCACAACCAUAAACCUGAUACCUCAGAAGAAUUAAGCCAUGUAAUAGGAACCAAAGAGAUUCUGGAUAAAAAUGAAAACCAUCAAACCUCAUUGAAAGCAAAUGUCUUAAACCAAGCAGCAACCAAUAGAAAUCUGCUUCUCUGCGAUGAAGCGACUCUCGUCCAAGAAAUCCAAAAAGCAAUUGCAGACCCAAGGACCAGAAAUACUCAUCAAAACCAUGAGAUAGAUGCUAACCAUUCUAGUGAUGUCAGUUCUGAGCAGGAAGAAAUGGAGUUAGUUGGAACAGAACCACAGACAUCCCACUACUUCCAGAGAGAAAUAGACCUACCUACUGAAGAAUCUGAGAAAACCAAGGACAUUUACUGCAGUGUGUGUCUCUUGUUCUUCGAAUCAGUGGAGAAGUUGAUGCUCCACUAUGUGACUUCUGGUGAGUGCCUGAACACCAAAGAGUGCCCUGUGUGUGGGAAAGUCAUCAACUCCAGCCUGAAAGAACACCUCAAGUCUCACUCAGAUGACCGACCAUAUCAGUGUGAAAUCUGCAAAGCUAGCUUCAAGAGGAACCACCAGAUGAAACUUCACAAACAGACGGUGCACUCAGACCUCAGAUUGUACCACUGCGAGUUGUGUGAAAAGUCGUUCAAGCGUAGAGACAAGUUAACCUGUCACUACCGGACACACUCCGAUGAACACCCAUUCAUGUGCACGGAAUGCGGCAGCGUCUUCAAGUGGAAGCACCACCUUAAACGUCACAGAGAUAACGUCCAUGCAGACAAGGCGUCGCAGAUCAAGGCUCGAAGGUUUCCCUGCAGUGUGUGCGGAAACUGCUUUAAAUGGCGGCAUCAUCUGAAGCGACACCUGCGAAAUGUGCAUCGCUUGUUCGAUGGAUUAUGGGAUGGGGAAGAUACUAAAAUGUCACUGGACUCUGAAAAUUCAUUGGCUGUUCCAAAAAGAAGUUUGCCUGUAGUUGGGUCAGAAGAAUUGAGUAAAGUUGAUGGAAAUUCAUGAAGGGAAAUUUAUGGUAUUUUC